AAUCCACCCCGUGGGCCCCGCCCCUAAACUUCCGCUGCCUGGGCCACGCCUCCAUACCACGCCUCUUGAGUUCGGACUUUCAAACUGUCUCUUCCAUCCCUUUCCAGCUCUUUCCGUUAGGUCCGUGGUCCGGCCCCCCGUUGUCUCCUUCGUUGCUCCUCACCCUUUCUGCUCCAAGUUCUGCCAUAACUAAGACCUCUCCUGCCCCACCUUCGCUUAAGGCUCCGCCCCUGUGUCCUCCAUCCCCAGAAGGAUAUCUGCUCCGGAUCUUCACUGUCACUACCUUGCCACUUCCUAAGGCUACCAUUCUGUGCUGCAAACGCCGUGCCGGGCUUUUUUCCUUCUGGCGCGCGCCGCCCGGUCCCAGAUACCGAGAACACCAGGUCCUUCCGGCGCGCGCCGCCCGGCCCCUGGCGCCGGGGACACCGGGUUCUUCCGGCUUUUGGGUUGCCGUGGGAGGCAUUGCGGGUCUGACUGAUGGUUUAGGUGAUCUCCGCGCUCCGAGCAGCCUCAGAUCAGUGCAGAGACCGGAGGUCGGUGCCGGCGGUAUGGGGCGGAAGAAAGUGCGGCCCCGGCUGAUCGCGGAGCUGGCCCGCAAGGUUCGCGCCUAUCGGGAGCUGAAGUCGCGGCCGCGAGACUCGGAGCGCUUCGCCCUGGACUACGAGACCAUGACGCGGCCAAGGACCGGCCGCCGCCUACCCGAGCGGGCCUGGGUCGACGUGCGGAACGAAAGCCGCCUUCUGCAGCUGCUCUGCCGCCUGCCGCUCUUCGGCCUAGGCCGCCUCGUCACGCGCAAGUCCUGGCUGUGGCAGUACGACGAGCCCUGCUACUGGCGCCUCACUCGUGUCCGCGCGGACUACACGGCACCGAAUUUGGAUCAUGGAAAGGCCUGGGGGAUCCUGACCUUCCAAGGUAAGACAGAGAGCCAAGAAAAGGAGAUUGACCAGGUCAUGUACCAUGAUUGGAGGCUUGUGCCCAAGCAUGAGGAAGAAGCCUUUAAGAACUUUAUCCCAAAGUCAGAGGAAACUGUCAGAUACGUGCCCUAUCCUCCUUUGCUCCGGGCAAUGAUCUUUGCAGAACGACAGAAGCAGGGCAAUCUCAGCACAGAGGAGCCCAUGAUAGAUUUGGAGAAAAGAAUUGUUUUUCAAGAGCAAGAUGCCAAGAACCAAGCAGAGGGCACUCCAGUAUAAAGGUCCUAAACAGCAUGUUUGGCCAUGAGCAGUGUGAACUUACCUUUGAAACACCCUUUUUAAAAGAAGAAGAAUUUCAAGAAUUUAUAUUUUAGAAAUCCAGUUUUAUAUACUAUGUCUCUGGUGAGGCACUGACUAACCUGAACCCAUGGAGCCCAUUCGGUAGAGGUCAUGGUGAAGUUUAGAAUUUUAUAAAGCCUGUGUCCUUUUGCCAUAUCUCAUUGUACCACCACUGAGUGUCCUACUCAGUUGGACCUCUUAAUUUUCCUUGAGAAAGGUCUGGAUAUCUUUAGGAGAGGUCACAGAGGCAGAGGUGCCUCAUGUGCUGCACAGCACAUUGUGUUUGUCAGUCAAGUAGUCCAGUCUCUGCAUGAAGCAGAUAAAAGUACUCUCUUGAGCUUCCUUUACUUCUGUUUUUGUUUUUUUUUUUAAACCCUUGUACUUUGGUGUAUUGUCUCAUAGGUGGAAGAUUGGUAAGGGUG